AUGGAUACGGCAGUGAGCAGCCUUCCCGAGUACAAAGGGGAAUUUCUCAUGAGAAAUAUCUCGGUUAUUGAGAUUAUCUCCAUGUUCGCCAUCGGCUCAUACAAUGCACUCGAAGUCGGACUCAUGACCUUUGACUGCUUCAAAUAUUACCGAGGGCUAUAUUUCUGGAGUAUGCAAGUCGCAUCAUGGGGAAUCCUGGUCCAUGCGAUUCCUGGUAUGAUUCGCUAUAUGGCACUAUCACCCAACCUGCCCAUGGCUAUUCCAUUCGUUCUGGGCUGGAAUGCCAUGGUAACCGGCCAGCCAAUUGUUCUCUAUUCAAGAUUGCACCUCGUCGUAACUGACAUUGAUCAUUUACGCUGGGUGCUGUGGAUGAUUAUCGGCACUUUCUUCACACUGAACAUUCCGAUGACAAUUCUUUUUCUCGAGGUAAACCUCGGUCACGGACGCUUCACUCAAGCGGCCGCAAUCUUCGAUCGUAUCCAAUUAGUUGGAUUCUGCCUACAGGACUACAUAAUCUGUGGCAUCUACAUUCGCGAAGCACUACGAGCUUUGCGUCCUGUCUUCGAAAUGCGUGGCCGCGAUGGCGGUAAAUUAAUCAUUCAACUGAUUGCGAUCAAUGUGAUUGUGGUGCUGAUGAACACUGUUCUCAUCGUAACCGAGUUCAAAGUGCACUUCAUUGAAAUCAGCUUGAGAACGGUGGUAUACAGCGUUAAACUCAAGCUGGAAUUCAGCAUUCUCACGCGUCUUCGCCGUCUCACCCGAGCAUCCCCCUGCAUCUGCCAGAACCAGCCCGGUAGUCCUCGCCGAUCGAGCGAUAUCAAUCUCUUCCACAUGAUGACCUCGCAAAUGCGUACAGCGCCGGACAUUGAAGCACCUCCCUUGUCCACGGAAAUGACUGGACCCACGCGAGCAUCUUCCAUAUAUAACGGCACGCGCGAUUUUCAUGACGCGCUGCGAGAGACAGCGUCCACCGAAAACAUGUCUUCCGUGAAUCAUUCACCCACUGCGUCUAUUCUCUCCCCACCGUCUCUUUCCUUUUCGUCAGAUGGCUCUCUGAACCAUCAUCCCGUCGGCUUAACUUCAACAAGGUCGACGGUGGAGACGUGUCUAGUCGUGAACCCAAAGUGA